AUGAAGCGCCUCUUCAAGCUUCCGUCCAAGUACCAUGGCGUCGGGCCCGUGACCUUUGCAUGGCAGCCCAAGGGCAACUUCCUCGCGACGGCCGGCAAGAACGGCUUGGUGCACAUCAUUGACCGGCAAGGCGUCCAGUACGAUGAGAUCGGUCUCGACAUGUCGACGCCGGUCGUCGCGCUCGAGUGGGACCGCGACGGCAACACGCUUGCGAUCCUCCAGUCGGGCAACGGCCUCAUCCCGCUCUGGGACCUCUCGACGCGCUCGACGCAGAACAUCGACACCAACAUGAAGGACCCGUCGUUCAUCAAGUGGUCGUCGUCCGGCAUCCAGCUCGCGAUCGGGACGGCCAAGGGCAACCUCGUACUCUACAACAAGUCAACGCGCAAGCUCGUCCCGAUUCUCGGAAAACACUCUAAGAAAAUCACAUGCGGCGUCUGGAACAGCGAAGAUCUCCUCGUGCUCGGCGCCGAAGAUAGAAUGGUGACGAUUAGCAACGCCGCAGGCGACACGGUCCAGCAGCGCGAGCUCAAGUACGCGCCCGUCGAGUGCAAGUUUGGUCGGCAGAAAGGCGACCCUGGUGGCCCCAAGGCGCCCGAGAAUGUCGUCGCUAUCAACGUCUCCAAGUCCCUCAUUUUGCUCAACAUCAACGACCCCGACAACCCGAUCGAGCUCACGUUCCAGAGCCACUAUGGCACGAUCAAGUCGUUCGACUGGUUUGGCGGCGGGUACCUCAUGCUCGCCUUCUCGGAAGGCUUUGUCAUUUGCAUUUCGACGCAGAUCGAUGAAAUCGGCGAAGAGCAAUUCUCGGGGCGCUUCUUCUCGGAGCGAACGUACGCGGUGUGCUACUCGGCGGCGCUCAACCGCGUCGCGAUGAGCGGCGAGUCGGGCAUCAAGGUCAUCGACCUCGGUAACUACACCGAGAUCAAGGGCGACGCUGUCAAGCUUUCCGACGCCGAGGACAACGAAGCCAAUCUCAUGAGCUUUACCUCGGACGGCCAGAUCCUCACGGUGGCGACCCAAGGUGGCAUCGUGCAGACGUUCCUUGCGCGGAUUGUCAACAUCUUUGACCACGUCGGCAACUACGUCGUCUAUCUGAGCUCGCUGCGGGAACUCACGAUCGUCGACACCCUCGGGCGCGCAAGUCCGAUCAACAUUCAAGUGUCCAUCGAGCCUUCGUUCAUCGCGAUCGGCCCGCGCCACGUCGCUGUCGGCAUGAACAACCGCCAGCAGUACCUCGGGCGCGUCACGAGCGUCAAGCUCAACCGCGAGUACGCGGCCGUGCUCAGUGAUGGCAAAGUGUUGCUGCACCCAAUCGAGCCUACGUCGUCGAACGGUACGGAAGGAGAUAGUAUGCGUCUCCAUCGACGGCAACGUGGUCUAGGCGCCGAGCAGUCCAAGACGUUUCCCGAGACGCACGGGCGCGACGAGUCGCUGCAAGAAAUCAGCUCGAUCGCGAUCACCAAAGAUUUUUUCAUCUUUUCGACGGCGAAUGGCAACGGCACGGUCCAGUUCUUCUACCUCCAAGAGUGGAAGCUGCUCGAGGGCUGCUGCUACCGACACGAUGAAGGCAUUGGCAUCGUGCACAUUGCACCCAACACGCAAGGCACCAAGAUCGUCUUUAUGGACUCGCGCCGCCGCGGCUACAUGCUCAACUCGACGAACCGCGAGGCGAUCCCGAUCCCGAGCAUGCCGAGUGCCACAAGUGCGAUCCUCUGGGACACGAUGGAUCCGACCGUGUUUGUCGCCGUCGAAACAAGCGACUUUGCCGUCUUCGUCUACUCGGAGCUCACGAUUAACGGCCCGGAAGUCACGCAGCUCGGCACGAUGGACAUUGACAACAAUGGCGAGUAUGUGAUCAAGCCGGCGACGACCAAGAUUCCGUCGGGGCACGCGGCGAUCCUCUUUUGCGACGGCAGCCUCACAUGCCAGCAGCCAGGCGGACAGCUCAUGACCGUAGUGGCCGGUACCCACGACGCCCUCCAAAAAGGUACGACACGCGACUCGGACAAGGCCAUCUUCAAGCAAACGCUCGCCUUGUGCCGCAUGAGCAACGCAUGGAAGGCGGCGGUCGCGAUCGAAAGCCGCGAGUACUGGCUCGCCCUCGCCAGCCGGGCGAUGCAUUUGCUCGACAUUUCGCUCUCCAAACGCGUGUACCGGCAGUUGGGCGACGCCGGCAUGGUCCUCGGGCUUGAUCGCAUCGAGCACGUCGAGGACAAGAACCUCCUCGCCGGCCACGUGUCGAUGCUCUUCGGUCAGUACGACCAAGCCCAAAAGCUCUUUUUGGCGUCCUGCGACCCCAUGGCCGCCCUCUCGAUGCAGCGCUACUUGCUGCAGUGGGACCAAGCCCUCUUGCUCGCCGACUCGCUCGCAGUGCACCUUGUGCCCGAGCUCAGUGCGUCGUAUGCCGCGCAGCUCGAAUUCAAGGGGGAUUUUGACGGCGCGCUGAAAAUGUACGAGCACGCAUGCAAUGCGAUGGACCCGCUUGGAACGCCCGUCGUCGCCUCCGAGAAGAUCCAGGCCCAGUGUAUGGCUGGAAUUGCGCGCUGCACACUGCGGCUCGGCGACCUCCGCCGCGGCAUUCGACUCAUCUCGGACCUCAACGACGUGAUGUUGAGCAACGAAGGCGCGCUCAUCCUAGAGGGCCUCAAGCAGUUCUCGGACGCUGCCGCCUUGUACGAGAAGGGUCAGCAGUACGAAAAAGCGGCACAGAUUUACAUUCAAAUGAAGCAGCUGGGGAAGGCUGCGCCGUUAAUGGCCAAGGUCACGGUGCCGAAAGUCCACGCGCAGUUUGCCAAGGCGAAAGAAGCGAUGGGCGAGUUCAGCGCGGCGUCGGACGCGUACGAGGCUGCGAACGACAUGGACAAUGUGGUGCGCAUUCAGCUCGAGCACCUCAACAGCCCCGAGCGGGCGUUUGCGAUCGUGAAAGCGACCAAGUCCUCGGAAGGCGCGUCCGUGGUGGCCAAGCACUGUAUCGAUACGGGCAACUACGCGGCUGCGAUCGACUUUCUCCUCAUGGCCAACCGCGAAGAAGAGGCGUUCCAGCUCGCCCAGCAGCACAACGAGAUUGACGCGUUCACGCAAAUUAUUGGUGAAGCCAUUUCGGCGGAUCGGGCGCUCAAGAUUGCGCAGCACUACGAGCAGACGCAGGCGUAUGCGAGGGCGGGCGAGUUCUACCAAGUGUGUGGCAACUACCACAAGGCGCUUCGGCUCUUCCUCCAGUGCGGCGAAUCGGAGCUCGGAAACGCCAUUGACGUGGUUGGGAAGGCGCGCAACGACAUGCUCACGCAUACGCUCAUCGACUUUCUCAUGGGCGACACGGACGGGAUUCCAAAGGACCCGAAUUAUAUCUUUCGGCUGUACAUGGCACUUGGCAACUAUGCACAGGCGGCGAAAACCGCCAUCAUCAUUGCGCGCCAAGAGCAAGAGCUCGGCAACUACAAGGUGGCCCACGACGUGCUCGUCGAGACGCACCGGCAGCUGCUGCUGCACAAGAUCCACGUGAACCAAGACUUGCGCAACUCGCUCACAUUGCUCCACAGCUACGUUGUUGUCAAGAAGCUCGUCAAGCGCGGCGACCACGUAGCGGCCGCCAAGAUGCUCCUCCGCGUCGCCAAGAGCAUUUCCAAAUUCCCGACGCACGUGUCCAACAUUUUGAUUUCGGUCGUCAUCGAGUGUCAGCGCGCGGGCUUAAAAGGAAGCAGCUACGAGUACGCGACGAUGCUCAUGCGCCCCGAGUACCGCAACUCGAUCGAGAAGGAGAUCAAGCGCAAGAUCGAGGCCAUCGUGCGCCGGCCCAACAAGGAGCAGCCGCCGGACAACACGACACCGUGUCCCUUCUGUGCGCACCCAGUCAUCGACGUCGACUUGGACUGCACUCAGUGCAAGAACUGGAUUCCCUACUGCGCCGUGACGGGCUACCACAUGGUCAAGGCAGACUGGAGCGUGUGCCCCCACUGCCAGUUUCCAGCUCUCUACUCACACUUUACGGCGCACCUCCAAGCCGAUCCUGCGUGUCCGAUGUGCGACAAGGAGCUCAAGCCCGACGACAUUACACAAGUCCAAGAGAACGAAGUCAAGCUCUCGACGAUCGAGCUGCAAGCGCCCGAGCCAACGACCGAGAAAAAGGCCGCCAAGGACACCAAGCAAGGCGACCUCUUUGCGUAG